AUGUCUGACUCGAGUCCCAGUUCUCCAAGCCAGAGUCCUUCUUGCCUUAUUAAUGCGGACCAACGUGAAAUCCUUGAACAUCAUUAUCCUUGUGCUGGCUACUGGUUCAACAUGCUUCCAACUCAUCCUUUCAUCCAUGGACCUCCAAGUCAGCCUUCGCAGACUCAAUUCCAAGGCCCUGUCAGCAUGCCUCCUCCGUAUUCACUUCAAGGGAUGCUACAUAAUCCUGAUGGUGUGGUCCAUCCAGAUCCAGCCACUGCGCUGUCAACUCAACAGCCACAUCACCACGGCGCAAAUACAGUGAUUUCUGUUGCCAACAUUGAUAUCUCCGUACCAUUAAAUACUGGAGUUGUAGGUGAACGUAUCAGCCAUGUCCAGAUCCACCUUCCUGUCGAUAUUCCAUUUGAAGACUUUUUUUCACGUAUUUGUGCCAAAAUGGACCUGGACCCAGCAAAUGCUGAACUUGGCUACAAGUUUCACAAUGAUCGAGAGCCAACUCAUCAGGCAGCAUCCACCACCCGUGCUCGUCGUGAUGAAGCUGUCAAUGACAGUCAAGACCCUUUAACCUCCAUAAGCUUUGCCUCUGAGCUGCAAGAGCUCAAUAAUAAGCUAGAUUCAAACACCUCAUCUGCCAGUGCAGCUCCCGCCCUUCCAGUCAUUCACAUCCAUAUUCCUCCUGUCACUAAGGAGGCUCUUGGUGAUACUGGUGGCCACCGUCGAGUCAAUACUUCCCGAGGUUUUGCAACAACACUCCUUUGCCAUGACAAGGAUGACGAAUUUAUCACCUACCCACCCAUCACUGAUGUUCUUCGCGAGAUGGAUGCCACCAUGCCACUUUUGCAUAUGUCCCAAUACGAGGACAGCCUCCUCAGUCAUGGUGUUGCCUACGUCAAUGGUGUUGUUGGCCUAUCUGAUGAGUUUUUUGUUGAUGUUGUUGGCAUGCCAAUGGGUGAAGGGCAAAGGAAGGGCCACCAAUAG